UACAAUUUGUUCAAUUGAGUCUUGGAAUCACUAGAUGUACGUGCGCGCCCCCGCUUUACAGCGACAAGAUGGCGGGCGCCGCCGGAUCAGGCGUGAAAGUUCCACGAAACUUCCGGCUUCUGGAAGAACUGGAGGAGGGCCAGAAGGGUAUUGGUGAUGGGACCUGCAGUUGGGGUCUGGAGGACGACGAGGACAUGACGCUCACACGCUGGAACGGAACUAUUAUAGGUCCCCCCAGGACAAUUUUUGAGAACAGGAUUUACAGUCUGAAGUUGGAAUGUGGACCGAGAUACCCGGAGAUACCCCCUUUGGUCCGAUUCCUGACCAAGAUCAAUCUGAACGGCGUGCACAACUCGAAUGGAGUGGUUGACAUGCGAGCGGUGUCAUCACUGUCCAAGUGGCAGAGCUCGUACAGCAUCCGUGUGGUUCUGCAGGAGCUUCGGAGACUCAUGAUGUGCAAGGAGAACAUGAAGUUGCCCCAACCCCCAGAAAGCCAGCUUUACAGCAACUGACCCCCCCCCCCCCCCCCCACACCCCAAACCUCCUCCAUGCUCCUCCUUAUCUACAGCCACCAUCCCUCCAUACUGUUCAACACAGCUCUACAUUAAACAGAAACACACUCGCACUCACACACAAACACAUUGAACUACACCACUCUGGCACAUAUGCACACGCAGAUACACAACACCCCCACCUGCAUAUGUACACAGACUUUUCCCAUUUUUUUUGCAAGACUCUUGAAAAAUGAAAACAGAUCCAUCCUCAGUGCCCUAACCCCACCUAUAGGCCAUGCCCCUUCCUUUUUGCUGCAGCAGUCGGUGAGUGCUCCCCGGCAGGAGAUCCCACUGGACAGAAGAGAUGGAUGCACAGGCGGGUGCCACCCACCAUGCAGACCAGACGUUAUGAUACGAAGAAAAAAAAGAAAAGCAAAUACUGUACAUCUUACUAAUCUUUUUUUUUUUUUUUUUUUUUUUUUUUUAAAUCUUUAUUUGUUAUACAUGCAGAUUGUGAAUAUAACAUAAAUGAUCUUGUUAAGUGUGCCUGUGUGUGCUGUGUCAUAACAGUGAUGGCAGUUUCAGGUGAACAGGCAGCCUCAGCAGAAAGUAAAUGACAUUUGUGCACUGUCAAAGAUCCAGCUGACCCAUUUAGGUCUCCUGAAAAGUCAUCAGAAUUUGGAGAGAGGCCUACACUGCGGACUGUGUAGUGCCUCGGUCACGUCUGAAUGCAGAUAUUUUGCUUAGAGUCCUGUGCUUUUCACGCUAUUCUUAGCCUAAUCUGGCUCCUCAUAUAGAACCUGAGAUCAGGAUCAGAAGUCAGCUGUUCCACUUCUAACGCAGGGAGUUUAGUGAACCAUUAGUCACUGUUGGUCACUCACACUGACAUAAUUAAUGUGCUACAAAAGCAUUACAUUCAGACAUUUAACUUUUGGUGAUCUUUAGUUUUUUUUUUUUUUUGGGGUGUGAAAUGUACCUCAACAAGACAGACCUAGCCCACUGCUCUCUACCAUAUAGUGUCACAGCUAAAUUUACCAUUUAUUACACUUAUAAUCAGUACACAGUAAUAUACAUGAAUUACUAAAGGAUAUGUACUUUUAACAGCUGAGCUCUAUUGCAUAGGAAACACCACAAGGCCAGCUAGAUGUCACAAAAUAUAUCUUUUAAGGGGACAUUGUAAAGGCAUUCUCCCUGUUAUAAUACUGAGACUUGACUGUGCAACCCAAAUUAACUGAGCAAGGGAAAUAAUAGGCUAUAGCAUUCAUCUUUCAUGGAUUUGACAACUGCAUCGUAUUCUACAGCAUCCACACAAGUUAUGUUACAUUUAAGGUGCCCCAUUUAUUACAGCGCAUGUGUGUUGUGUUUAUCUGCUUUGAGAUAUGACCUGGAGGCAGCAUGUGCCAAUGCUGAGUUACGCAGGUAAUUAGAAUCAGCAUCGGAGAGGAGAGGAUGUACAGAUAGGUUUUCCAAUGUGAGACCUCUGUCACUAUCCAUGCCUUCUCGGUGGGCGGCAUGUGAGUAUUGAUUAAAUUCAGUGAUGGCACUGUCUCCUUGAUUAUAUGUGAACAAAAUUAUGUAAAACUUAUGCAACAGUUUCAAACUAUAGACAGUUAAAUCUUUAGGCACAGACUGAGUAGUGUCUGUCUGUCCUCCCUGUGGAGACAAAUGGAAUUGCAGCAACUGCCCAUCUAGGCCAGUAAUUGCAUAUACAGUCAUGGGUUCAAAUGGACCAACAUCUCUGUUCAAGAAUGUCUGGAAGGACCAGUUGGUGCAAUUGACAUUUGACCCCCACCCCCAACACAUUUGUUUGUAAACAAAUGGGAUGUAAUUUGUCUGCAAAUUAAUGCAGUCAAUGUAGCUGUAGUCAAAACACCAUUCACAUAAGGGGGAGAAGCCCUGCACCAUUUGGAUGAACCAGGUCGUGCAGUCAUUGAAUAUGUCAGGUUACGAACUUCAGUACUGUGGGUGACAGGAAGUGUCUGCUAACUAAACUUGAUUAUUAUGUACUCCAGUAUUCUCUGAAAAAAUAAACACUGUCCUUUUAGUCACGAUGAACGUAGCUAGCUACCCAACAUAUUUUUAUUGAAUAUAUGUUCUUGUUUCACUUAGUUAUCUUUGGGUUCUAUUUGUCAGAGACCCUAGGCACUGCUAUCUUCAUCACUGAAACUUAAAGCACUCUGAACAGUGAGUUUCAAACAGUGGGAUUCAAUUGGAGACAGAAAGAUUUACAUGUUUGAAAGGGCCGAAUAUGUCAUGUAUGUAAUUACUCUCACAAACUUUCAAUUUCACGAAUGAGUUUGGUCAUCUCUGUGAAGAAUGUUACGUAUCUUGUGACUUAAAAAAUCAAUAACAAACAAAAAAAACAAUG